AUGCAGGAUGCUGAUGAUGGAAUGAGCGGCGAAACCGUGCCGGUAGAGGAAGUAGAAGCGAUGGAUUCGUCCACCGCAGAUGCGGACAUAGAUGCAGAAGCAGCAGUGAGGAUUGUUGAAGGGAUAGGGUCCUUUGGCGCAAUUGAAUUUUCUUCCCUAACAGCCAAGGACAUGCUGACAACGGAGUUCACAAGCUUACAGGCAGCCUAUGACUACUACAACGAAUUUGGUCGCAUGAAGGGAUUCUCGGUCAGGAGGUCCAAGGUGGGUCGCAGAACAAAGCAGGGGGCGGAGGGCGAAAUAAUUUGGCAGGUAUUCGUGUGCUCUAGGGAAGGAGAGCGCGACGGGAAACACAUGCAUCGGGAAGACAGGAAGAAGGAUCCUCGACCGAUCACGCGGUGUGGGUGUGAAGCCCGGAAUAAGGUCCACGCUGAUGAUGCUAGCGAGCGAUGGUUUGUUGAACAAUUCUGCGAUAACCACAAUCAUCCCAUGCUGUAUGCGAGGUUUAGGGGUCUGUCGCGAUCACACAGAGCAGUCAAGGAAGGGGAUUUGCACCAAAUCAAUUCCAUGAGGAAAUCUGGGUUGCGGGUGCCGACAAUUUUCUGCGCGUUUGCCAAUCAGUCAGGAGGAUUUGAGACUGUUGGGUUCGAGAUAAAAGACAUAUAUAAUGUGAUAGAGAAGCAAAGGCGGGCUGGCACGACAGAUGCGGAGUUCGCGUUGAAGUUCUUGGGAAAUUUAAGGACCACUGAUUCCGGGAUGUUCUGGAGGUACUCGCUGGAUGUUGACAAGAGGCUGGAAAAUCUCUUCUGGUGCGAUGGUACAAGUCGUUAUGACUACAGCGUCUUCAGUGAUGUCCUGGGUUUUGAUGCAACUUACGGUCGUAACAAAUACAAGUGCCCUUUGGUAAUAUUCUCAGGGUGGACCAUCAUAUGCGGACGAUGGUGUUCGGCUACGACAUCUUGA